UAUUUUCUCUGGACCCUCCCUUCAAACUGUCGCAGGAAAACUCAACAAGCGAGCCCCGCCGUGCACUCUCAGCGCGCCGCCACCAGAGGUCUCUCCUCACCAGGCCACGGCGAGCGCACGCCGUGAGCAAAGUCUGUGAUGAACACCCGCAGAAACAGGGCUUGGUUCUGUCAGACUUCAUCCACCAUAAAAUCCCAGGCUGCCAUUGGAGAGCCCGUCGGCAAAGAGCGAGCCAGGACGCAGACGCAGGAGAUAUCGCAGGAAGGCUCCGACGGACGCAGUGUCCAUCACCUCAGCUGAUGUAACCAGACAGAGAGCGUUGGAGGAGUCAACUCAUUUUUUUUUUUUUAAAAAAACAACAGCAACUUCGACACGCAACACACUCAAAAGAAGAGGGAGACAAAAGGAGGCGAGAAAAUGGGACAUACCGCAAUACCUAUAUUGAUGGCUGUGUUGUCCUGCUGCGUGUGGGAAAACGUCGAGGCCCUGUCCAUGACCGAGGUGAACGGGCCCGGCCCCCAGGUGGCGGAGCCUCAGAUCGCCAUGUUCUGCGGCCGUCAGCUCCUGCACAUGAACCUACAGACGGGCCAGUGGGAGCCGGAUCCCCAGGGCCGCCAGGGCUGCUUCAAAGAACCCAGCGAAAUCCUGUCCUACUGUCAGGAGAUGUACCCAGCACUUCCGAUCUCACACAUAGAGGAGUCGAAAAGACCCGUCACCAUCCACGCCUGGUGCAAGAAAGGCUGGGGCCGCUGCCAGACACACCCCUUCAUAGUGCUGCCCUACCGCUGUCUAGAGGGCGAGUACGUGAGCGAGGCCCUGCUGGUGCCCGACCGAUGCCGUUUCCUCCACCAGGAGCAGAUGGAUGCUUGUGAGAGCUACGUGUACUGGCACAACAUUGCUAAGGAGGAAUGUGCUGCGGAAAAUCUGGAGCUCCACAGCUAUGGGAUGCUGUUGCCAUGUGGAGACCAUUUCCGAGGUGUCGAGUAUGUGUGCUGCCCGGGCAGGGGGGGCUCCAGCGGGAAAGGCGAGACGGAGGAGAGAGACGUCCCCGCCGGCCCUCAGACGCUCUCAUCGCAGACCAGUGGAAAACUUAAUUCUGUAACCAAAGUGACGGCCCCCACGCCAAGCCCCUCCCCUGACACCGACUUGGAAGAGGCCGACAUGGAGGAGGAGGAUGACGAGGUGGUGGAGGAAGAGGACGAGGAGGAGGAGGAAGAAGAGGAGGAAGUUGAUGAGGAGGAGGCGGAAGAAGAGGAGGAAGAGGAGGCCAUAGCUGUGAAAGAUCCAGAUGAGUACGAGUACCCGAUUGACUCAGGUCCCUACCAGACGUCAGACUACCUGGACUCCCUCUACUACCCGAAGAGCCACAAGCCCACCACCUCUACACCUCUGAUCAAGGGAGACAGCUUGACUACGCCUCGGCCCACAGAUGGCGUCGAUGUUUAUUUUGAGAAGCCGGUGGAUGACACCGAGCAUGCCAACUUCCUGCGUGCCAAAACGGACCUGGAGGAGCGCAGAAUGAAGAGCAUCAAUGAGAUCAUGAAGGAAUGGGCAGAGGCAGACAACCAGUCAAAGAAUCUGCCAAGGUCAGAGCGACAGGCCCUGAAUGAGCACUUCCAAUCCGUGCUGCAGACGCUGGAGGAGCAGGUUGCAGGAGAGAGGCAGAGGCUGGUGGAGACCCAUCUCGCCAGAGUGGAGGCCAUUCUCAACAACAACCGCCGCCUGGCCCUGGAGAACUACCUGACUGCAGUGCAGUCCGAUCCCCCUCAGCCGGAGCGCGUGCUGCAGGCUCUGAAGCGGUACAUGGCCGCAGAGCAGAAGGACCGCAGACACACACUCAGGCAUUACCAGCACAUCGUGGCUGUCGACCCGCAGAAGGCUGAGCAGAUGAAAUUCCAGGUGUACACACAUCUCCAUGUAAUCGAGGAGAGGAUGAACCAGAGUCUCGCACUGCUUUACAAGGAUCCUUCCCUGGCCGAAGAGCUGCACAGUGAUAUCCAGGAGCUUGUCAAGGCAGAGAGGGGAGACAUCAGCGAGCUCAUGACCACCUCCUUCUCUGAGACCCGCACCACUGAGGAGCUCCUGCCGGCAGAGAGCGAGGAGGAAAAGGAUGAUGAAGAGGAAGAGGAGCGAGCCUUCCAGAACAGGCCUUAUCCUCCCCGCAUUGAGCUGCAGUCUAAUAAGAAAGUGCCCGCAGUUGAUGAAUAUGAUUAUACUACAUCUGAGAGAGGCCCAACUUAUGAAUACGAGGAAAAGAUCAACACCUCCGUGGAGCUCAAGCAGGUCGUCAACAAGCUUCCUGAGAUCGAGAGAGAUGAGCUGCAACCUGAUGCACUGGAGACGUUUAACCGCGGCGCCAUGGUGGGGCUGCUGGUGGUGGCUGUGGCCAUCGCCAUGGUGAUGGUAAUCAGCCUGCUGCUGGUGCGCAGGAAGCCGUACGGCACUAUCAGCCAUGGAAUCGUAGAGCAGGUCGACCCCAUGCUGACACCAGAGGAACGACAGCUCAACAAAAUGCAGAACCACGGCUAUGAAAACCCCACCUACAAAUUCUUUGAACAGAUGAACUGAGGUACCGGGGCUGCCAACAAGUCAUGCCUGACCACUUGUUUUGUCCCCCCCCUCCCCACACUCUUCCUAACAGUGGUGUCCCAGCUACACUCCCUAUGACGGAUUUAAGAUGUGUUGCAAACAUAAAGUAACUGAAUAAGUACAGGGUGCGUCCCAAACCCAUUGUAAAUGACCGACGACAACCCAUUCAUCAUUACCAGAAUGUGAAUAUUGAGAUAUGAUUACGAGCUCACAUCACCUAUUGUAACCUAAUACUCCUCCUCUGGGUUUAGAGUCCGAGCAUUGUUCUUUCCAUUAGCGUUGCCACAGCGUUUCAUGAUCCUGAGGAAAAAAAACCUUCACGUCAUAGACAGGAGAACCAUCCCAGUGGCAUGACUUGACCUACCGCCCCCCACUAGAAAGCUGAACGGUGCAUAACGCUUUAUAGGAUUUAUUUUUCAGUAGUAGUCUCUUUGUUCAAAAUUGUACCACAGUUAGAUAUAAUGUAUCUGUGUAGAUGAGUGCGAGUGACAGCCUAGUUAUGGUGUAACAAUUCUCAAUUUUAAAACCCACUCAGUGAUGAAAGGACAAUUGAGCUAACUGUCGAAAGCUAAACACUUACCUCCAGGAGCUACGGUAACAUUGGGCAAUACCUCUAAUAUUACAGCACGGACAUUAAGUGAGGAUGCGGAGGUGUUUACGUUGAAUGCGUGAGACUUUAAUUUAACACACGGAAGGCCAAAAAGACCACACUAGUUGAUACAGAACUACUGUAAAGAAAAGAAAAUCAUGUUUUUGACUUCUGAGGAUCAAAUUAUUUGGCGAAAGCAUACCAAAUAUUCCACUGAGCUAAUUUAGUCGGUGAAUGAGUUUAUUUCUGUUUGAACUGCUACCUGAAGAACUGUAAAAAAAAUUUAAAAAACAAAAAAAAAAACAGAAUAAUCAGAAGUCCGUUCCUUUUUAAUGAAAGCAUGACAACUUGGUGUAUGAUGCUGCUGUACUUCUUUGUGUUGUUCUCGUCAUUGCUUUUGAAAAAGUCGGAAAUGUCACCGUUCAAACUGGACACUGUAAAUAACGUAAGAAAUACAUGCUACUACUAGAUGUAGACAUUUCUAUGAUUAAUUUGCAUUGAUGUAAACGGAAUAAUACAUAAAAAUAGUACGUUGUGCUGUUACGAGAGGGAGAAACAUUUUUCCUAACAUGGCUGAUUGAAAACGGACUGUUGUAAAAACCAGCACAAGACAACGACACAGUAAACUUCUUUCUGAAUGUAUUUAAGGUAGACGUUGAGAUUCCAUCUUCUUUUCAGUAGAAACCCCAUCAUUCCCCUAGUAGACCAAGUAGUGACGUGUUCGACACAUCCGACAAGGCACACUACACGCCUGAUGCCCCUCUCAUCACUUCCUGUAGCAGCCUGUUCAUUUUCACAGUUGGCAGGUGUGUGUCAGAGUGGAGGAACUUAAAGCGUAUUAUACUUUACAGAGGAGGCCGCAGCUAUAGUUAUGUUAAGUAUCGGUGCGUGUGUAUUAAAAACAGACCACACUUGGGCAUGAUAAUAGUAAAAAAAAAACAUGCUGUAUGUCUUUAAAUCUGCCAGUUUGACAAAUUUGAACUCAACAACGUUGAAUGUUAGCACUCUAUGCUAUAUUUAAGUUACUCUCUUCAUAAAAAGCCUGUCACCGAAUGACUCAUUGUAGUUUGUCAUAUUUAUGAUCAACCUAAUGGCCCCGUACAAGUAGUUAAAAAAAGGGGAUUGCCCCUUUUUUUCUGGCUGUUAACUGUCAGGGUUGAUUUCCAUUACUUAAUUGUAUCAGGCCAUCUCGGUUGCGGAAGGUCACAUAGUGGGAUGUUGCUUUUUAAUCAUGGGUCUUUACCUAUAUGCUAUAGUAUAGAUAAGUCAUACCAAAAUCAGUUCAUAUUUUAUUUAUUUCUUUACUGGUGGAAGUUUUCCCCUAAAAACCUGCAAAAUGUCCAUUCAGAGAAAAAAGGUCCUUGUUUAUAAUUUCUUUUUCUUUCUUUUUUUUGUUCGACUAUCUGAAUUACGAUUUAAAGAUUAAUCUUCAGUUUCUCUCGUUAGGCAGGUUAAUUGCAGGUUGCGGUUGAGUUAUGACGGGCGAAGAGAAGUCAUAGCCCUUGUAUAAUUUGUACAGCUACGUUAGUGAAUGAAAAACGUUGUAUGUUCACAGUUUAAGUCAGUUGAUCUUGUAAUGAUACUACUGAAACAAUAGAUGAGAAUAAGCUUGCCUGUGUUUUCCCAAACCACUGAAGGUUUCCUACCAGCAUUUAGCAGACUUAGAAUGGUGUAUACUGUAGUUACUCCAAUCACAUUUGUACGUACGUCCUCCGUCAAAUUCUAGACUUCUUUGUUGGUCUGUCCCCCUUACUUCCCAACGAAAAAUAUAAACAAUGUUAUUGAGAUUUUAAUUGCUGCAUUAUUGCCUUUUACAAUGCUGUGUUUUGGAUGUAAUUAUUCUGUAUUUUUUAUUUAUAUGUAAUAAUCAGUUGGAUCAAGGGUCAUGCUUUUCACCUGUAAUGUAAUUUUAGAGGCUUGUGUGAGACAAACAUUGACAAGUUUAUUACUGAAAUGUGAAACAGAGGUAGACACGAGGCCUCUCUGCCUAAUUGACAAGGAGUGGCACUAAGCACAAGUAGAACCAAAUGACUCGAUUUGUGUAUUUGUGAGACACUGAUUCUGUCUGCCUGAUUUUCAAUUAUACCGCAUUGAUUCUAGGGAUGUCGAUAGCGUCAUCGAGAGAGCUGUUCUUCAUUUUCAUUCAGACCUUUGACCAAAGACAUGCUCCACAAAUAAGCAGACAGAUAUUUCAAUUUGGCUACAAUGUUCUCUGUUGUGUAACUGUACUUGCGAAGCAAUCUGAGAAAUUAAAACUGGUCAAGCUAAUUAAUAGUGUAAUAAAAAUGAAUGACCCAUAAAACA